AUGGAUUACGCAUCUAUUCUUACGUUUCUGUACUCGCAAUUCUUUGUUACACCCAAGUACCCGGAGCAGUCAUGUAAAGGGCAGGUUUACAUCGUCACCGGAGCGAAUGUUGGCCUGGGACGUGAGGCUGCUCGUCACCUGGUGCGUCUCGGAGCAGACAAGGUCAUUCUCGCAUGCAGAAACCUGGAGAAAGGUGAAGCAGCACUUAAAGAUAUCGAAGAAAGUACCAAGAGGACAGGAGUCGCGGAGGUAUGGUCUCUGGACCUGUCUUCUUUCGAAAGCGUCAAGGAGUUUGCGAAGAAGGUCGACACCUUGCCUCGCAUUGAUGCCAUAAUCGAGAACGCCGGCAUCAGUACUACAAACUUCAAGGUGUUCGAGGGUCAGGAGUCCACAAUCACAGUAAACGUGAUCUCGACAUUCCUUCUUGCCCUCCUUGUCUUGCCUGCAUUGAAGCGAUCAUCCCAAAAACACAACAUCCAACCCAGACUCACAAUCGUCGCCUCGGAAGUUCACCACUGGACAGACCUCCCAGAGCGAAAGAAGGGCGACUCAAUAUUCGACACCUUGGCAACACCCGAGCUCUCCGAGAUGGGCGUAAGAUAUCCAGUCAGCAAACUCAUGGAUGUCUUUUGUACUCGUGCUCUGGUCGAGAAAACCACAUCAUCAUAUCCGGUUACGAUGAACACCAUGAACCCUGGUUUCUGCUACAGCGAGCUGUCGAGAGAGAUGAGCGGUUUUGCUUUCCAAUUGAUGUACAAGCUUUUGGCCAGGACUACCGAAGUGGGUAGCAGAACACUUGUUGCUGCCGCGCUUGCUUCGCAUGAUACCCAUGGCCAGUACAUGAGUGACUGUUUGGUCGAGCCGCCUUCCAAGUUUGUUAGGAGUGAAGAGGGCAAGAGAACGCAAGAGAGAGUCUGGGCAGAGUUGAGUGCCAAGCUGGAAGAGAUUCAGCCUGGUAUUCUCAAGAACAUCUGA